AUGUUAAAACAGGGAUAUAGUUCCAGUAUCACGUGUGAUCCCGAGGGAUAUAGGUCCGGUAUCACGUGUGAUCCCGAGGGAUAUAGUUCCAGUAUCACGUGUGAUCCCGAGGGAUAUAGGUCUGGUAUCACGUGUGAUCCCGAGAGAUAUAGCUCCGGUAUCACGUGUGAUCCCGAGGGAUAUAGCUCCGGCAUAGCGUGUGAUCCCGAGGGAUAUAGCUCCGUUAUCACGUGUUAUCCCGAGGGAUAUAGCUCCGGUAUCACGUGUUAUCCCGAGGGAUAUAGCUCCGGUAUCACGUGUUAUCACGAGGGAUAUAGCUCCGGUAUCACGUGUGAUCCCGAGGGAUAUAGCUCCGGUAUCACGUGCGAUUAA